AUGAAUCAAGAUGUCAGCGAUGAUUCAAAGACGCCCGUGCUGGUGGAGGGGAGUCGAGAAGGAAGCAGAACGCGAGCCAGGUUUGACAGACGGUCACGGUUACGAGACCAGGCAGACGAGAUGGGUACCAGUGUAUCGACUUUAGCGGCUUCGCCUAGCCCUGCUCAUCCUUCACGGACGCCCAGUCGACGGAGAGCUGAGACGCAAGACUCUGAGAAGGCAGGACGAAUCUGGGCCAGGGAGGUAGACAAUGCAUGGUGGCCUUGUAUACUGGCACUCGAUGGAGGAGGGAUCAGGGGGUAUAGUAGUCUGAUGAUUAUGAAGGCGCUCAUGCACGAGGUUUGGCUUUGUGAGGAGAGGUUGGAUAGGGAGGAGGCAGAGCUCGAUGGUAGAGAACAAUCAGGAAUCGAUUCGCCAGUGGAGAUGAACGAUAGUGAGAGUGGACAGGCGAAAGCAGGUGCCCAUUAUGUUGAGAGCCAGAGGCUACCUACAGGCGUGACUGAUCGGCAAGAGUUGAGCUUGCGAGAUGAGACGGAAGCAAUAGAGAUAGAGCGCAUGCAUGGUGUCCGGUCAUCGUCUCCGCACCCAGCACAAGCAGAAAGUGCUCCAGCACGGCACACCGCGCGACAAGACAACUUGACUGCGGACGUGAGUACCAAGAAAGCCAUGUCCGAGGAAGAGCUUUUGCCAUGCCAUUAUUUUGACUUCAUCUACGGCACAUCGACUGGUGGCCUCAUAGCAACGAUACUAGGACGUUUACGCAUGACCGUUUCAGAAGGACUGGAGCUGUAUCGCAAGGUUGGCGAGGAUUUAUUCGGCAAGCGACGAUCUCGCGUACCACUUAUGACAAAGUACUACCAUCAGCCGCUAGAGAAGGCCGUACAGGACAUCGUGGGAGCACGGUGUCACGAGCACGAGAAUUGCAACGGCAAGGACGAUCUCCACCCAUGGGACACCGAGCAGUUCGACGAUAUCCUGCAACGAGCCAUACCCUUUGAUGUCGAUCGUCCACGAGUAUGCCAGUCUUGCUGCUUAACCGCCACACACGACGAGAACAUCUCGGAAGCCUACCUUCUCAGGUCCUACCCACACUACUACACUGAGACAGCACCGAAUUGGAUCACCCGUUACAAUGAGGGUGCUGAUGAACUUCCCAUCUGGAAGGUAACACGUGCCACGAGUGCGGCACCGUUUUACUUUGAUAUGAUCAGUCACGAAAUCGACGGCAUCACGAAGUCGUUCAAAGAUGGUGGUAUUCGCGAGAACAAUCCUAGCGGUGCCGCUCUGAGCGAGUUCCACGCACUGCAUGAAGGGAAAGCUGAGAGUCCUGCUCUGCUACUUAGUAUCGGCACCGGACGUCCAGACAGUUCUCAAGACGGCUUCGCAAGUAAUUGGCCUGGUCCUUUCGGUCGUGUGCCCAUCGUCGCCAAAUUCUUGGAGAAGCGAGCAGUAAUCCAGAACCUGUUAAUCAAGUACACCGAAGGCGAGAAGCAGCACCAUCAGAUGCGUGAGCAUGCUCAUGGCGAAAAUACAUGGUACAAACGUCUCAACGUCUCCACAGGCCUCCAAAACAUGCCUUUAGAUGACUGGCGACGAGGAAGGUAUGAGGAUCAGCAAGGCGUGCCUGGUGGGGCUAGUCUGACGCAUAUGAAGACCGUGACUGAAGAAUAUUUAGAGCGAGGGUUCGAUCCAGAAGUGGACUCAUAUGCGCCGCCUAAGGUUAUGUUGAAGCAGGCAGCGGAGAAGUUAGUCAGGCAGAGGAGAGCGAGAGAGAAGAUGGGAGGUAUGAGGUGGGAGACUUUUAUUGGGAAGUACUUGCAUAAGGUACCUGGCGAGGAAGAUCCCGCAGCGAAUGAUUGA